AUGGCGGCUUUGAAGGCAGGACGUAUCCGAAAGUUCCAUGGGGAAAGAUAUCCACAAAUGAACGCCAGCUCGUUUUCUGCUGCACUCGGCUACAAGUACCAAAACAUUCAAAUAUAUUCAAACAGUUUGACCUUUGUCAAACCCUUUGCUAGAAUGGAGCCGUUUACUGCACGAGUUGUUGAGCGAAGCAUUUUACAGGGAAGAGGAGGACUUUUCGUAUUUCCAGCUGGACUGCCCGGAAAUGGCUUUGCGAAUAGCAUACACACAAUUUCCGUCAAAUGCAUUGGGGAAAAUGGAAAGGUACCACCACCAGUCUUCGCAAAUUCUGCAACACUUGUGUCUGCAUUCGGACAAGGACGGACAAGAUUAGAUACAGGAAUGCUCACCGUGACCCAUACAGCCCGAAGAUUUGGGGAUAGAAAAUGUGACAACAAAUUCGGUGGAUCCUCGGCGGCAACAGCAAUUAUCUCAGGAAUAGUCGCUCUUGCUCUUCAAAUCAAUCCACAAUUAACAUUUAAAGAUAUUCAACAUUGACUGGUGCAAUCAGCUGGGUACAUUUGACUUGCGGAAUCCUCAGGCUUCAAGAAAAACAGUGCCGGAAGAUACUUUCACAAUGUAUUUGGUUUUGGUUACGUGCAAACGUUGAAAAUGGUUCACUUAGCAAAGACCUGGAAACCGCUUUUGCCGUUGCUUACUCAAGCGCACAUAUCGUUUGAUAUCACGUAA